AUGAUACGAGUGCUCUUUAUCCUCCUGCUGAUGAGUAACGCUUCUUCAGUCUCCUCACAGUUUAAUGGAUACAACUGUGACGCCAACUACCACAGCAGGUUUCCGGGUGAGCGGGACAUCAGUGUGUACUGUGGGGUUCAAACCAUAACCUUAAAGAUCAACUUCUGCCCGGUGCUUUUCUCCGGCUACACUGACGCAGAUUUGGCCCUGAACGGUCGCCACGGUGACGCCCAAUGCCGAGGCUUCAUUAACAACAACACCUUCCCCACAGCUGUCCUGUUCAGCAUCAGCCUCAGCACUCUGGAGGCCUGCGGUAACAGCCUGGUGGUCAGCACAGCAUACGGGGCCAAUGCCUAUGGGAACAUGUCUCUGGUGCAAAUUGGGAAUGUCUCAGGCUACAUUGACACCCCUGACCCGGCAUCUAUAAUCAGCUACCUGCCCGGUUUGUUGUAUAAAUUCAGCUGCAGCUACCCGCUGGAGUACCUGGUCAAUAACUCACAGCUGGCAUCCUCCUCUGCUGCUAUAUCUGUCAAGGACAGCAACGGUACAUUUGUGAGCACGUUGAGUAUGAUCCUGUAUAAUGAUUCAACAUACAAUCAACCACUCUCUAUUCCCAUGGCUGGACUGGCUCUGAAAACCAGAGUAUUUGCUGCUGUGAAAGCCACAAACUUAGACAAACGGUGGAACAUCUUGAUGGACUACUGUUACACAACCCCCUCAGGGAAUCCUAAUGAUGAACUCCGCUAUGACCUUUUCUUUGGCUGCUAUAAAGACCCGCAGACGACGGUUUUCGAAAAUGGGAAGAGUCAGAUGGGCCGUUUCUCCUUUGAGGUUUUCCGUUUUGUUAAACACAGACACCAGAAGAUGUCGACCGUGUUUUUACACUGCGUCACCAAGCUUUGCCGGGCAGACGACUGCAUAAUGCUCAUGCCAAUUUGUGGGCGACGGCGCAGGCGGGAUGGAGAGGAGAGCCUUGAUUCCCGACCAGCUGCAUCUGGGAAUGCCGUCAUCACCGCUGGACCAAUCAUCACCAGGAGUGAUGAAACUCCUGUCAACAACUCCCAACUUGCAUCUGGAGACUCCUUCCAUACAAUGAACCCUGUGACCAGUGCUCUGAUCUCAGGUGUGGUUAUCCUGGGUGGAGUCAGCGUGGGCUUCGUCCUGCUGUCACUUCACCUCCUGCAGAAGUCCCGCCUCCCAGCGUCCACGGUCUCAGGUGUUUGGAACCCCAGCUUUAAAUGA